UUUCAGAGAUCAGCCAUGGGCAUUAGAGGUUUGCAGGGAUUUGUGGAAAGAGUUUGCCCCGAUAUAUGCACAGCAGUAGACCUGAGAGAGAUGGCAGAAGAGCAUCGUAUUGAUCAUCCUAAUUUCCCACCUGUUAUUGUAGUAGAUGCCAUGAGUUGUGUAAAAUACUGGUACACAGCAGAAUCCUGGGUGUGUGGUGGCCAGUGGCAGGAGUACCUUGUCAGUUUAGAUAAUUUUAUUAAAGCUUUUAUGGGAGCUGGUAUCAAGUUGGUGUUUUACUUUGAUGGAGUGGUAGAAAAGAAAAAGAGAAGUGAGUGGAUCAAACGGAGGAUGAAGAAUAAUGAGGAAAUAGCCAGAAUAUUUCAGUUUAUCAAGACUCAUAGGAAACAACCAGGAAGAGAAAUGUUCACUGCUAUUUCAGCUUUGCCUACUUUUACACGUUAUGCCCUGAAGUCACUUGGUCAAGAAACAGUAUGCACAUUGCAAGAGGCAGACUUUGAAGUGGCUGCAUAUGGUUUGCAACAUAACUGCAUAGGAAUUCUUGGGCAAGAUAGUGACUAUCUCAUCUAUAAUACAUGCCCCUACUUUUCCAUUGAGAAUCUCCGUUUGGACAGACUUGUCACUGUUAUGUACUCUCGAGAAGCUCUUUGCCGUGCAUUGGGUCUUAGUUUGACACAUCUCCCUCUCUUUGCUUGCUUGCUGGGUAAUGAUGUUGUUCCAGAAAACUUGCUGGAAGGUUUUUGGCAAAAGUGUUUAGUCAUCAGUCACCGCAAGAAUAACAGAUAUAACAGAAGAACAAACAUAUUUCUAGCUGUAGCAGAUUACAUCUCAAAAGUUCCAUGCUUAUACAGCAGCCUGAAACACUUGGAAGAGAUGCUACCUUUGGGAUCAGAUAAGACAUUACUUUACAGAGGAGUGAAGUCCUAUCUUUUGCCUGGGCAGCAGUCUCCAUGGAUUCCUCCCAAUGUAACAAAUUGCCAGAUCUCCCUUCAACAACAAACAGCUCUGUGUCAAGAUAAAGAAAUCUUUCAGUUAGCUAAAGAACAGCAUAUCCAAUCUGAAAAUUAUGCAAUCUUCAAUAUUCUGAGUAAUGGAGAGAUUGAUUGCAGCAACUCUUUAGAAGAUGAAUGUGAUACAGAGAUUCCUGGACAGGCACUUAUCUACCGUCCUGUUCGUCAGCAUAUUUAUUCUGUCUUGUUGGAAUCUGGAAAAGGUGGAGCCUGUCCUUUGGUAAAAGAGUGGUUUGUCUAUUUCGGAAAUCCUCUGCAGCAGCCGGAGCUGAUACAACCUGUAAAACCUCCUGUUCCAGGUGGAACUCCUAAUUUGAAAACUCUGUGGUUUGCCAAAGGACCUGAUGUGGAAAAGCAACGGUAUGGUACAUUUCUGGCAUGCUUUCAUCUUCAGGACAGGAUGGAAGAGCUCCAAGCUCUCGAAUCACCUGUUGCCGCAUUCUGCUGCUUGCUGGCCUAUCUUAUGAUGCAGGUCAGUACCCUCUCUCUGGAGGACUUAAAUGCAUUUGUGGCACUCAUUCUUUGCCUCAAAGGGAAGUCUGCUGCUCAACUGGCAAGUUUGCAGCUUGCGCAAGUGGAGCCCAGAGCUGUACAUCUUGGCGCUGUCUUUGUUCGUGGCCUUACGACUUUGCUCAUGGCCAAUAGUGCCUGUGGCUUUCCAUUCAGAAUGAAUGAUUUGAUGCCUUGGGAAGUGUUUGAUGGAAAACUUUUUCAAGUGAAGUAUCAGCAGUCACACCAAGGUUGCUCUUUGGAGGAGCUUUUGGAGAACAAUGAGUCUUUGUAUACACCCUUCCAGAAUCUGAAGACUUUCAUUUGCAAUGCUUGCAUGGCUAACAAAAGAACAAUACAGAGCAGACCAAGAGGGAAUGGAUUUAUCACAGGAACUCGACAAAGAGAAUUUAAUCCCAGGUUCCGACAAACACACAAAAGUUCUUUCAUUCCUCUGUAUCAUAAUCAGUCAAGAGGGUUCCUAUCAAGAAAUCCUCAACCACAAGGUAGAGAAUAUGGAUUGAGACAUCCAGACCAGAGGAGAAGAUUCCGCCUUCCUCCUCACUAAAGAAUGCAUAUGCCCAGGAAGUAUAUGAUGAGAGAGAAAUGAAAGCCUGAUAUCCCAUUCCUGCUCUCAAAAAAGACUGAGCAGCAGAAAAAAAGAGGAUACCCAAAGACAGAGGCAAAAUGA